CACGACACCGACUCACGGCAAACAAAUGGAAAAUUAACAAUAUUAGUAGUAUAAAUAGUAAACAAUGCACAACGGCAUUUAGGAUUAAAUAGUGACACAACAGACAAGACUUGCAAGUGCAACGAAUUUCCUCAUAUUUUGUACAAAACGAACGGUCAAUCAAUUAAAUGCGCCUGACUCAGACUUGCUGAUAAAAAAUAUAAUUAUACAAAAAACCGAGCAAAACAUCGACAACAACAAAAAGAGACAACGCUCGCUCGAUAAUUAUUCAUUAUUGAUAAUGGCACCCACACGCAGGCCCAGCGACGGCCUGCUGGCCCGCGUCAAUUUCCCCCUGUACGCGGUGGACAUGCUCACAAGUCGCCACAUACUCGUUGCCGGCGGCGGCGGCUCCAGCAAAACAGGCGUUGCAAAUGGAUUUGAAAUCUAUGAGCUUUACCACAAUGGCAGCCACUUCUGUGCGGAGGAGGUGCUGCGCCACGAGACGGGCGCCAAUGUGGUCAUGAAUUUCGCCGUGCGGAACAGUGACAGACGAUCCUAUUUGUGCGCCGGCCAGGAGGCGCAUUGCCAAAUGUAUUUUGUGCAGCCGCGCAUUGAGGCCGAGGACGACAGGAAGCCGGCGCCCGUGGAGCGUCCACAUGAGAAUGGCGUGAGGCAACGGGCAGCUGGCCACUCUGGCGUGGAGGCGUUACCCAAUGGACACAAUAGACACGCUGGUGGCAACAGCAACAGUAGCAGCAGCAAGCCCACAACCACAGCGGAUAUACUUAAGCAGUUCCAGCGUCUGCGUUUCGACAUUCAGGCAGCGGAUGUGGUGCAAACGGAUUUCCUGAGCAGCGCGGAGCCGUUGCAGCGUGUGGUGCGCAUCAGCGGCAAUGGGCGACUGAUGGCCACGGGCGGCACCGAUGGCCAGCUGCGCGUCUGGAGCUUUCCACAGAUGAAGCUGAGCGCAGAGCUGGCGGCGCACACAAAGGAAAUCGACGAUGUUGACUUUAGUCCCGACUGCAAAUACGUGGUGAGCAUCUCGAAGGAUGCCCAGGGCAUUGUGUGGGACUUGAGCACGGGCAAGCAGCAUCACAAGCUGCAAUGGCAGACGCCCGAGGGUUCCAAAUACUUAUUCAAGCGUUGCCGCUACGGCACAGUCGAGGCGCACAAGGACAACUACCGCCUGUUCACCAUCACCAAUCCGCUGGGCAAGGUGGGCAAGCAGCGUGGCUAUCUGCAGCAAUGGGACUGUGCGAGUGGGCAGCUACGCACCGCUGUCCCCAUCGACGAGAGCCUCUCCUCGCUGGCCGUUCGAGACGAUGGCAGAUUUGUGGCCAUCGGCACCAUGUUCUCGGGCAGCGUAUCCAUGUACAUAGCGUUUAGUCUGCAGCGUGUGCUGCACAUUCCCCAUGCUCACUCGAUGUUUGUGACCGGUCUGCAGUUUCUGCCCAUUACCAACGAGGAGGGACCGCCCAUUUCAAGCGACACGGAGGCCGCCGUGCUCUCCAUAUCCGUGGACAAUAAAGUGUGCAUACACAGUCUGCCCCAGCGGCGCACGAUUCCCGCCUGGCUUGCCAUCGUCUUCAUGAUUGUGAUGAUAUUCGUGGUGUUUGUGUUCUGCUCGUAUAUUGGCAUUUGAAGACUGUGCCACACUGCCGUCGGACCAGCUAAAUCAAUUUGCAUUAUUAGUUCAUAAAAAAGAGAAACAACUGUGUGCGUGUGUGUGUGUGUGUGUGUUAGUUUUGUAAUAGGGUUGCCGCACCGCACCGAUCCACACCGCCCUCGCCCAUGCUCCUCCCACUAAUUAUUUUAAGUGUAUAGUUGUCUGUUUGUGUGUGGCGGCUGCCUUAUCGCAAAUUGCUCUCACUGUAAUUUCCGUUAUUGUAUCAUAAUUUGCUCCGGUUAUGCAAUUAUCUCAAAUUAAUCGUUACUCGUUAGCGCUGCUAAUUGUUAUGACAGGAAAUAGCUUGCAAUCGAAUUGAUAUUUACUAAAAACAAAUAUAAAACAGGUGAAUGAAGUGCAGAUAUUUAGCAAUAAAUUGAAUACCAUAUAUAUAUAU